GACACGGGAGCGCGGACAUCCCAUGUCCUGCAGCCUCUGAUUGACAGACUGACUUGCGGCCAGCUCUCCCUCCUGCUACAGGCUCGCUUCGCGCUGGGUCUGAAAUGCAACCGAUGGCUGUCGUUAUGGAUUCCCGAAGUUAGGCAGCCGAAUUGCGCCAUUCCCUCUAUUACCUCCUGUCUCUUGCCCCUCCUGAGAGGUCUCGGUGUGUGAAGAACUCAGGCGUUCGGCUGCAGCCUCGGGCAAGCACACACACACACCCACACACAUGUCUCGGGAUAUCCCGGGCCAGCUGGCGGCCGAAUGGUCGCUGGAGACUUACGAAGGGGUCAAUGUGUCCACGGAGAUGCCUUGGAACUCCAGCCAGAACUCCAGCACAACCGGGAAGCCGAGUGUGGAUAUGAGCGGCAGUGUGCUGCUGCCUCUGAUCUACUUUGUGGUGUGUGUGCUGGGACUGAGCGGUAACACCCUGGUUAUGUAUGUCAUCCUGCGCUACGCCAAGAUGAAGACGGUUACUAACAUCUACAUCCUGAACCUAGCCAUCGCCGACGAGCUCUUCAUGGUAGCCCUGCCUUUCUUCGCCAUCCAGGCGGCUCUGGCCCACUGGCCGUUCGGUCAGGCCGCCUGCCGGGUGCUGAUGACUCUGGAUGGCAUUAACCAGUUCACCAGCAUCUUCUGCCUUACGGUGAUGAGUAUAGACCGCUACCUGGCCGUGGUGCACCCCAUCACUUCGUCCAAGUGGCGCAAACCCCGGCUGGCCAAGCUGGUAAAUGGGGCAGUGUGGCUCAUCUCGCUGCUGGUCAUUCUGCCCAUCAUGAUCUACGCGGCGGUGCAGACCCGCAAUGGCAGGAGUAGCUGCACCAUUACGUGGCCCAGCCAGAACCCGAGCUGGUACACGGCCUUUGGCGUCUACACUUUCGCCCUGGGUUUCUUCCUGCCCCUCACCAUCAUCUGCCUGUGCUACCUACUCAUCAUCAUUAAGGUCAAAGCCUCGGGAAUCCGCGUGGGAUCCUCCAAGCGCAAGAAAUCCGAGCGGAAGGUCACCCGCAUGGUCUCCAUCGUGGUCGCUGUCUUCGUCUUCUGCUGGCUGCCCUUCUACAUCUUCAACUUCCUCCCCCUGGCUGUCGAUGUGAAGCCCACCCUGGCCAUGAAAGGCUUCUACGAGUUCGUGGUGGUCCUCUCCUACGCCAACAGCUGCGCCAACCCCAUCCUGUACGCCUUUCUCUCCGACAAUUUCAAGAAGAGUUUCCAGAACGUGCUGUGCCUGAAGAAGGUGAGCGGUCUGGACGAGGCGGACCGCAGCGACAGCCGCCAGGAUAAAUCCCGGCUCCAAGAUAUCACCGAGACCCAGAGAACUCUGCUCAAUGGCGAUGACCUGCAGACCAGUAUCUAAGUGAGAUGGGGGGGGGUGGUGCUUGCUGCACGGAGGCGAGGCUGCCAGCAGAAGAGCACAGCGGACCCCCCGCCCUUCCAUUCCCCCCAACCAACUCCUCAACUCAACCCCUCCCGCAUCUUUCUGCCUCUGAUCCAAUCACACAGGAAAAAAAGAGCGCCUCCCUCUGGCCACGCAGGGCUCUGACUGCCUCUGAAAGCGGACUGUAAUCUGCUUUGCAGGUUACUAGAUUGACUGCUCGGGAUUGCCCCCCUCCCCCAGUCCACCCUCCCCUUUCAAAUCGGAUUAAUUAAUCUUGUUUUAACUCAGUAUCCCCAUGUCUGUUAUUGCGCACAAUCUCACCCAGCAACUGCAGCCGCUCUCGCCACUGUCUUCAAACUGGGGCUGAAAGAGUUCCAUCUGCUUCAUGUUUCCAAUAUAUGAACAGACUGCCUCUUCUGAGUUAAAGCUCUCCCAUGAUGACCCCAUAGUCAGAUCCAGUACUGUGAUGUUAACCUGGAAAUGCUUCAACAUCGUCCUCUGCACUUGUCGUGAUGUGAAUCUCGUCUUAAUUGGACGUUACUUCAACCACUGUAUUCUCGUUCUGUGGCCAGAUCGACAGGAUUGGAAGUUCACUGAGCGAAUUCAUUGGCGAAGGACUGCUUUCUGUUUGUGGAUCUGCUGCGCACCAAUCCUGCCGUAUUGCAAAGCGUAGGAUACGCCCGGAUAUGAGGUUCAAAUUGUUGGAAAUACUCGGCAGUUCGGGCAGCAUCUGUGGAGAGAGAAACUGCGUUGACUUGACCGAUUAGUUACCUUUCGUCGGAAUCAAAAUUAACCCAGGCUGUUUCCAAGGGAACUUGCAAGUUUGAUGAGAUGAUCUCUAGUGUAAUUCCAUUUUCUGUGAACUAGUGAAUUCGUGGCCUGCACUUUAUCCGUAAAUAUCGUUUACAUCAUUAGACACUUUGAUUGAUCAGGAGUGAAUUCUGACCUGUUUCUGUGGUAACUGAAGGGGGUGCCUGUGGAUGUUAGCCAAGACAGAUUUUCCCUGUGAUCUAGCUUUGAAAACCAUUCCAUAAUUUUCAGUUCCAACAAACUUUUUUCUGCCCUAAAAUUGUUAAGAAAAUAAUGACCCAACUCAGGAGAAGGCUAUUCGCAAUGCCUCAUAGUUAAACAGUUACCAAAUCUUGAGUGAUGAAUAAUUAUAAUUAUUUCUGGGAGAUAUCUUUUCAAUUUCUCAGUCCAUGCCUUUAUCCUGUCAGGUCUGUCAUGGGAAUGGAUGUGGGACACCAUUUCCCACACAGUGGCAAUCCCGAUGUGAUGGAGGGUUAUUCUUGGUAUGUGGAUUAAUUUGUAAUUACCCUGUUAUACUGAUGAAUCCUUAGUAGCCAUCAUUGUCAUUUUAAACUUUGAACAUGUAAUUUUCUUGUAUCACUCUAAUAUCUGGCUCUUGAUCAACUAGUAACAGUGAGGACGAAUAUAAAAAUUUAGAGGUCACAGACUGGACCAAGAGUAACCUAAAGCCUAAAGUCUAACUUCUCCCUGACUCUAACUGAGUAUGAGCACAAGGUUAAUCAGUGAUUAUCUCUCCUGAAUAAAAAUGGAAAGAACUGCAGAUGCUGUAAAUCAGAAAUGAAAACAGAAAUUGCUGGAAAAGCUCAGUAGCCCAGGGUCAUAGAAUCAUACCACAUGGAAACAGACCCUUUGGUCCAACUAGUCCAUGCCAAACAUAAUGCCAGACUAAACUAGUCCCACCUGCCUGCUCCUGGCCCAUGUCCCUCCAAACUUUUCCUUUUCAUGUACUUAUCCAAAUGUCUUUUAAACAUUGUAAUUGUAACCACAUCCACCACUCCUUCAGGGAGUUCAUUCCACACGCGAACCACCCUCUGUAGAAAAAAUUGCCCCAAUGUCUUUUUUAAAUCUCUGACCACUCACCUUAAAAAUACGUCACCUAGUCUUGAAAUUUCCCAUCCUAGGGAAAUGACAACUCCCAUUAAUUGUAUCUAUACCCCUCAUUAUUUUAUAAACUUCUAAGAGGCCUCCUCUCCACCUCCUAUGCUCCAAUGAAAAAAGUCCAGUCUAUCCAGCCUUUCUUUAUAACUCAAACAUUCCAUACCUGGCAACAUCCUGGUAAUUUUCUUCUGAACCGUCUCCAGCUUAAUAAUAUUCUUCCUAUAAAUGGGCAACCAGAGCCGGACACAAUACUUCAGAAGAGGCCUCACCAAUGGCCUAUGUAACCUCAAGAUGACUUCCCCCUGUGGAGAGAAAUCAGUUAAUAUUUUGGGUCAAGUGACCCUUCCUCAAAUUUUUCUUCACAGACGCUGCCAAACUUGCUGAGUUAUCUUUCUUAUCUUAGUUGCUUAAUUAUUCUUUUUCACCACUCAGAUACUGAAAUAAUGCACUACAACCAAACCCACUAUUAUGAAACAAGAUUCUUCCAGAUCAAGAACUGGAACUGGGUUCAUUUAGAAUUGCAACUGUAUCCCAUUUUAAAAGCAACUAUCUAUUUGUCAAGUUCAUAGUUUUUUAAUAAACAAGAAUACACAAAGUCAGUUUGUGAUGGGACCAAACCAUUUCAUUGUCUAAAAUUUCCACAAAUUGAAUUUUAUUUCUGAAACAUACCUUUAUCUUGUAAUAGUUUCAAAUAUACCUGAGAAAUACAUAGGGAAGGCAAUCUCAAAUUAAUUAACUUUGAUAUUGGAGCCCCUUGUGACAAAUUAUAAAGUGUCGGAGUUUCAAACUUGUUUAUAAGCUAUCAAAAUUACUCAUACAACUACAAAUAGAAACUAGACUUUCACGAAAUGUAAUGGACAGGCUUUUUUCAGAAGUAGUUUAUUAGUGGUUAGAAACAUUUCAGACCUUUCUGAUUUCUUCUCCAAACUAUAUCUUUACUACUUCUAGAUCAGCUAUGAAAAUAAUGCUCGCUUUAGGUAAUUAAUCAAAGAUUUACAACCUCUUAAGAAUAGGUUUUCUGAUGCCUGAUGCUGUACUAUUCAAAACAUACCACCUUAUAUAUUGAAUUAUUACAAAAGGUCACAGAGUUUCAACUUUUAACUUUUGAGUAAAUGAUAUAAACACACAUUAAAAACAAAUAACCCUUUUGUAUGCAGUACUGGCACACCAUACAUUUAGCUUGCAUAUGAGCAAAAAAUUGAUACUGAUUAAAAAGAAUUUGGUGGCCAGCAGUUUUUAAGCUUGUUUUUUCUUAAUGCAGGAAUUGUGUUGUAGUCCCACCUGGUCAAAAGGAGUCUCCUUUCACCAAUGGCUGUUAGUGACUAAGAGUGUUGUGAAUUCUGGCAGAAAUGUUUACUGUAGAUUGACAAACUAUUCCAACUGAGUCCACUGAUGCAGCAAUGUUUUUGUUCAGUUCCAAGGCAGAUUGCAGUGGAAAGUGAGGACAAUAAUACUGCAGGCAUGUAAAACCAGACUCGACAUUUAGGUAGAGAUGUGAAGGGAUUUUUAAAAAUUCUAUAAAUUUUAAAUAAUAUUUUUGCGUGGAUUUAAUCAAUCUGUAGGUUAGACCAACCUUAUUUGCAAAUAAUGAUUUUCUGCUGAAUGAUGGUUAUUUAUUUAUUUAUUUAAAAACUAUUUAGUAGAUACUCAUUACUCCUGAGAUACAUGCUCGGGGGCAGGCUGGUGGGG